GUUGCGCGACCCACAAAAUUCAACCCCUUUUACCUUCGCCUAAAGUCCUCAAAUCCAAACCCCCUCCUCCUCCUUCCUUUCGCUCCAUCUGAUUUCAAAAGGACAAAAAGCAAGCGAGAGAGACAGAGAUGGCCGGAGAGGAAGAGAACAGCGAGUUCUACCUUAGGUACUACGUCGGCCACAAGGGCAAGUUCGGCCACGAGUUCCUGGAGUUCGAGUUUCGACCCGACGGCAAGCUCCGCUACGCCAACAACUCCAACUACAAGAACGACACCAUCAUCCGCAAGGAGGUCUACGUCACUCCCGCUGUCGUCAGGGAGUGCUGUCGUAUCAUCUCGGAGAGUGAGAUCAUGAAGGAAGAUGAUGUGAACUGGCCAGAACCUGACCGUGUUGGGCGGCAGGAGCUUGAAAUUGUAAUGGGGAAUGAGCAUAUCUCCUUCACUACUUCAAAGAUUGGAUCGCUUGUUGAUGUCCAGAGCAGUAAGGAUCCUGAAGGUCUUCGUAUCUUUUAUUAUCUCGUUCAGGAUCUGAAGUGCUUUGUGUUCUCUCUCAUCUCCCUUCACUUCAAGAUCAAGCCGAUAUAAGAUGUAUCAGUGUUUGCUUGACAAGUUGCACUCCUGGGUUUUGUAUGCCUUUCAAUACAGUUAACAUUUUUAAUAUGAAGGCCUAAUCAUUUGACAAUCUUUUUGUAACUUCUGUUAUUUGGGAUGGUUACAAGUGGAUUUCGGAAUAUAUGCCAAAUCUCCA